AUGCCUAUCCGCAACCCUUUCAGGAGAGGCCCCGGCGGCGUUGAUGUCCAGGACGAGAACCAGCGCCCGAGCGUGGCCCGCGCCCGCAGCGAAGAAACCGGGUUCCAAAAGGCGAAGACUACUGGAUCGAAGCCCAUCGAGAUACAGGAGAAAGAGUACAAGCUGAGCGAGAUCAACGAUUCUGGCGUGUUUCUGCCGCCCUCGCCAACCGAAAAGAGCACUUUCUGGGGAGGCAAAUCGCGCGCUUCCACCUCGUCAAACCAUCGCAGCGUCCUGAGCGAAAACGAGCCGUUCAGCAUUUCACGCGAGUCUUUCGACUCUUACCGCCGGUCCUUUGAUAUAUCUGCUCGGUCGCCCAUUUGCGAAAACCUAGAUGUGCGGCCUCGUCAAAGCCUUGACUCCCGCCGCCUCCCGCGCUCUUCCCUGAACGAACGCCGUUUCGAACGACCGAUUUCCACGACCGAAGAAGACUUCGAGGACGUCGGGCUCAAUGACGAGCCGCGCCCCACGGGCGAGCCGCUGAAGCAGAAGAAAAAGAGCUUCUUCGCCCGGUUUGGGGACUCAUCGGAGAACCUCUCAAAGCCUGAUAACCGGCCAUCUUCGGGUCUUGGCUUCCACCUGGUCGGAGGGAGGAAGCGGGGCCAGAGCGGCCAAGGCGCGGAACUCAGUCCGAUGUCGCGGUCCAUGGACGGUAUGAACCAGGUGUCGGUUGAGUCGAAAUGA